UGUAUUCUGUUUUGCAAUGAUUGUACAAAAACUGUUAGAAGAAAAUAGCAAUAGACAGCUUGGCUUAACUGAAUCAAAAUUAUGUUUCUUCUUCCAUUCUCAUGACCUGCCUCAUCACACAUUCAACGUUGUUGUUUCUAAUGUCACUUUCUUUUCUUCUUCUAAUGUUUCUGUCACACUGAUACAAUUUUUUUUUUGUUUGCUUUAACGGCAACAUUGUUUGAUUAAAGUACCUUGAAGUUUGUGUCCACUGUCCAUUUCUAUUUGUUUUUUUCUUACUUUUUUUUCUUUUUCUUUUUGUACUUUUUUUUUUUGAAACAUUUCUUUUCUUCUGGGUAGUUGAUUUAACAAUUCAGAUGGGUUCUAGCAAUUGAUUUUUCUUGUCAAGUGUCAAACUUGUGAUGAAUAAACAAAAGGGUCAUCAUUAUGUAGAAGAAAUGAGUUCUUCCUCUAAGGUUGUUAUAGUUGCAGUGAAAGCUUCAAAAUAUAUUUCAAGAACUGCUUUGGUUUGGGCUUUGACUCAUGUUGUUCAACCAGGGGAUUGCAUUAAGCUUUUGGUUAUCAUUCCUGAACUUUCUUCAAGGAAGAAGGUAUGGGGUAUUUCAAGAUUUACUACUGACUGUGCAACGAGUCACUGGACAUCGCGAUUAGGAACUGUUUCAGAUCAGAAAGAAGUUAUUACAAAUUCUUGUUCUCAAUUAGUGCUUCAACUCCAUGAUUUUUAUGAUCCUGAGAAGAUAAAGAUUAGAGUGAAGAUUCUUUCUGGUUCUUCGUGCGGUGCAGUGGCUGCUGAAGCUAAGAGAGUGCAGUCAAGUUGGGUUAUAUUGGACAGAAAAUUGAAAGGUGAAAAGAAAUACUGCAUGGACGAGCUGCAUUGCAAUAUUGUAAUUAUGAAGCAUUCUCAUCCGAAGAUUCUACGAUUGAAUUUGAAUAGUUCACCUAAGAAGGAAGGAAGAGAUUGUGCACUGUCGUUGGAACCAAAUGCAUACACAAGUAACUUAAAAGACAAUUUUGAACAUUCAGAUAUAAUUAGAGGUCCAGCAGUCACUCCUGCUAGUAGUCCAGAGCAAGGGUCACCACCAUUGACUGUAACUGAUAUUGGAACAGCUUCAAUAUCGAGCUCAGAUCCUGGAACAUCGCCAUUUUUCCAUUCUGACAACUAUGAAAGACGAAGGAGAUGUUUUCCCUUUGUUGUUCACGAGGGACUGUCGAACCUUGAGGAUAUUGAAUCUGACUCGGAGAGUGAAAAGCUAAGUUCAUCAUCGAAAAGUUCGUCUUUUCAGCCAUGGAUUUCAAAUGUAAUUUGUGUAGAUGGUGAGUUCUCAAAACACGAGGACAAUAUGCAAAGAUCUAGCGACAAGUCUUUGGUUUCUACCUAUGAAGCUUUGCUUCAGAAAUUGACAUUCUUGGAUCAAGAUCCUAUCUUUGGAGUUUCUACUGGUAAAAUUGAUGUGAACUUGAGCAAAAGUGUUAGAGAAGCAAUUUCACUAGCCAGAAAUGCACCUCAUGGACCUCCUCCAUUGUGCUCUAUUUGUCAACACAAAGGACCUGCAUUUGGGAAUCCUCCAAGGUGGUUUACAUUUGCAGAACUACAACUCGCCACGGGCGGGUUUUCUCAAGCAAACUUCUUAGCUGAAGGUGGCUUUGGUUCGGUACACCGUGGUGUUCUACAGGAUGGGCAAGUCGUUGCUGUCAAGCAAUAUAAAUUAGCCAGUACUCAAGGAGACAAAGAAUUUUGCUCAGAAGUAGAGGUCUUAAGCUGCGCACAACACCGCAAUGUUGUGAUGCUAAUUGGGUUCUGUGUUGAAGAUGGAAGAAGAUUGCUAGUUUAUGAGUAUAUCUGCAACGGAUCGCUUGAUUCUCAUCUCUAUGGACGGAUGCAGAAUGUGCUGGAUUGGUCUGCACGCCAAAAAAUUGCGGUUGGAGCAGCUCGUGGUUUGAGAUAUCUUCAUGAAGAAUGCAGAGUUGGUUGCAUUGUACACCGUGAUUUGCGGCCUAACAAUAUCCUCCUCACUCAUGAUUUUGAAGCAUUAGUGGGAGAUUUUGGACUUGCUAGGUGGCAGCCAGAUGGAGACAUGGGUGUGGAAACCAGGGUGAUAGGAACAUUUGGGUAUUUGGCACCAGAAUAUGCUCAAAGUGGUCAAAUUACUGAAAAAGCUGAUGUGUACUCAUUUGGGAUUGUAUUACUAGAGCUUGUGACAGGUCGGAAAGCUGUGGAUAUUGGCCGGCCGAGGGGCCAACAAUGCCUUAGUGAAUGGGCACGGCCAUUGCUUGAAGAAAAUGCCAUUGAUAAACUAGUAGAUCCGAGCAUAGGAAAUUGCUAUGUUGAUCAAGAGGUUUAUCGCAUGAUGCAAUGUUCUUCUAUGUGUAUUCGACGGGAUCCUCAUUUAAGGCCUCGAGUGUCUCAGGAGGUGUUUGCGGAAAAAACGGAAAUCAAUAAAUAAACCUCCCAUCAAAACUAUACAGCUAUUGCCGUGGUGCAUUCGCCUGAUAUUCUCUCGCAAGAAAAAGCAUUUGCCUUUAUUUAUUACUCAUCAAGUUCAAGCAUAGUUGUCGAUUGAACCAAUUGAACUAUGUCCCGAAAGUCACAUGCCGAUUGGAUCUCCAAACAGAUUCUGACAAUUUAUUUCGAGGAUUAUUAGGAGUUUGUCUAUGAAGGACCAACUCAUGCAGACCAUUCUAUACAAACUAAUCUUUCAAACAUUAGUGUUUAAUUAAUUAGUAAUGCUUACAUCUCCAUCACUCAUUUUUUGUGUUUUGUCACAGGUGCUCAAGAUGCUGGAAGGUGACAUUGUCAUGUGAUUGCUGAUCACUUCUCCAUUGUCACAGAAAACAAAGGGCAAUCAAAUUCAGAGGCAUGUGUAGCAGAAAACAUGGAGGGAGAGGGAGGUUGAGGUUCUUCUUUUUAUAGGUGGAGAGUGUGCAAGUUUAAAGCUUCUUGCAUAUUAUACAUUUUACUCUUAAGUUUUUGGUUUAGUGAUCAUGUAAAUAAUAGUAUCUACCUAUCUGUCUGUGAUUUUGAGGAGGGGAGAGGAACAUAGUAUAGUAAAGCUAACAAAAUUGGAACUCUGAUAUAUUAUAUUAUUUAGCUUUGUACAGAACAAUAUUCCAGUUUUGGUUUUACCUGCCCAGUUUAAUGAUAAUUCCUCAAACAAUUA